AUGCUUUCCAAUCCAGGCUUUUGUGGGCUUUUUAUCCUUUUGACAAUCUACUUGGAUGUGGCCAAUCCAUUUGUAGCCUUCACUCCCGCCAGUACCCAUGGUAUCUUUGCCGCUAUUGCUGUACCCUUGGAGUUGCCCCACCGCAAUGUAUUCGUUUCUUAUAAUUUUGAGGCCAACUACAAUUUACCCGAGAAGUGGGAGAAAUGGACAAUAUUUCAAAAUGGUCCCAUUGAAUCGGAAGAAGUUGUAGAUACGGAUGCAGAUGCAGAAACCGAUGAGGAGUCAUCACGAAAAUUAUCUGGCGGUUGCCAAAAUUGCACCGAGCAGGAGCCCUAUCAAGAACAGGACCAGGAGGAAGAGGCCAAACCCACAGAAACGCCCAGAAAUGCAAGAAAAAUUCGAUCGCUGCUUACUCGAACUAAUAUAUAUCGAAUUUUUAUUGACAAACUCAAAAGGAGCGGUUUCCAAGGCGAGUCGUGUUUACUUCGUUUAAUUUGUGAGACUAGUGCUGCGCAGCUGGAUGAAUUUAAUGGCGUAUUAGGCAGCAUUGUGCACGUGCUACUGAGUCCCAGCACUUCGGAAUCGGAGAAUCUACCUUUACGCUAUUACCAAGCAGAACAUGAUGGCUGGAACGAUCAUUGCCACUUUUAUGAACCCGGUUGUGGCGAAAGUCUUCUUGAACUUGUAUCAGAACCCUUUGAAGCCAUUCUUAACCACAUUGAACAAAAUAAAAUGUAG